AUGUUUCUCUUUAGUGAAGAUGAAGACAAACGAGUCUCCUCAUUGCUCUCUCGCUUGGCCAAUUACGAUGAUGCCAUUCAGCCGGUGGAAGUGGAGCCCGGCGCUCCGGGAGCGGAGAACGGCGGCGCCCGGCCAAAGCCAAAGGCGAAGGCGAAUCUAGGCGCCUUGACGGGCGUCUACUUGCCCUGCAUUCAGAACAUCUUCGGCGUGAUCAUCUUCAUUCGAAUGUCGUGGAUGACUGGAACGGCGGGCAUACCUGCCUUCUUCGCCAUCGUCUUCCUCUGCUGCGCUGUCACAUUCUGCACGUCCAUCUCACUGAGCGCCGUCGCCACUAACGGAAUCGUACCAGCAGGUGGCUCUUACUUUAUGAUAUCGCGAACUUUAGGUCCGGAAUUUGGCGGCGCUGUUGGUAUUCUCUUCUUUAUGGGCACUUGCGUCGCUGGUGCUAUGUACAUCACAGGUGCUGUCGAAAUAUUGCUCAAUUACAUUUCACCGGAAAUCGCCCUUUUCGGAGAUUUUGAAGCCGACAAAGAUAUUCUCUAUCACAACAUUCGCGUUUACGGAACCAUCUUUUUGAUCAUCAUCGGCAUCCUGGUCUUUAUCGGCGUAAAAUUUGUGUCCAAAUUUGCACCCAUCGCGCUCAUUUGUGUGCUAAUUUCCAUCUUCAGCAUAUACCUAGGCAUUUUUAUCAAUUACAAUGGCGUCAACAAAUACAAAAUUUGCACCAUUGGAGACCGUGUCUUGUCGAACAAAAAUAACAUCACCUGUACUCCUGAAGGACUAGCCCAGUUUUUCUGCAACAUCAACGGCACAGCUGGCUGUGUUGACUUUUACAAUGAAAACAAAGGGGAAAUCAGAGAAGAACUGGCCAUUCCUGGUCUCGCCUCGGGCGCCUUCUGGAAGAACUUUAUGCCCAAGUUUCGCGACAAGGAUGAUCUCGUCAGUCUGGACAACGGCAAAUAUCACGUGGACAAGUCCUAUCUGUCGCAGUUCAACUAUAUAUUCGUGGACAUCACGUCCUCCUUUGCCGUUCUAGUGUCCAUCUACUUUCCAUCGUGCACCGGCAUUCUCGCAGGCAGCAACCGAAGCGGCGACCUGGCGGACGCACAGAAGGCCAUUCCUCUGGGAACACUGGCGGCUCAGCUCACCACUAGCUUCGUAUAUCUUUCCGUCAUUUUGCUUUUUGGCGCGUCCUUCAAUCCCCUCUUCAUUCGUGAUAAAUUUGGCGAGUCGCUGGGAAAGGAAUUAGCGGUCACACUCAUCUCCUGGCCUCACCCGAUGGUGAUCCUGGUGGGCGCCCUUCUGUCCACCUUCGGUGCUUCACUGCAGUCCCUGGUCGGCGCGCCUCGACUGCUGCAGGCCAUUGCCAAAGACGGAAUCAUUCCAUUCCUCGAGCCACUGCAGCAUGUGAAUAAGCGCGGCGAGCCAGUACGUGCCAUUGCCGUCUCGCUGGUUAUCGCCGAAAUUGCCAUCUUGAUCGGAAAUCUGGAUUUCAUCGCCCCAGUGCUCACCAUGUUCUUCCUCAUGUGCUACAUGUUUCUCAACCUGGCCUGCACCGUGCAGUCGCUCCUGCGCACGCCAAACUGGCGCCCUCGCUUCAAGUACUACCACUGGUCCAUCUCCCUGUGCGGCAUCUUUCUCUGUCUCCUUGUCAUGUUCCUGUCAUCGUGGAUCUACACGCUCUGUGCCAUGGGCCUGGCGGCUUUCAUCUACAAGUACAUCGAGUACCGAGGCGCCGAGAAGGAGUGGGGCGACGGAAUUCGCGGUCUGGCGCUCAGUGCGGCUCGCUUCUCGCUGCUGCGCCUUGAGGAGGGCCCGCCGCACACGAAGAACUGGCGGCCGCAGCUGCUCUGUCUGGUGAAGCUGAAUCCCGACACGCUGGAGCUGAAGGCGCACAAGCUGCUCACCUUUGCGUCGCAGCUGAAGGCCGGCAAGGGGCUGACCAUCGUGGCCAGCGUCCUGGAGGGCAACUUUGAGAGCGAGUCGGGCAUUGCUCAAUCCGCCAAGCAAUCACUCCGCCACUCCAUGGAGAAGGAGAAGGUGAAGGGCUUCGCCGAGGUGGUCAUCACCGGGAACGUCACCCAGGGCUUGAAUCACAUCGUGCAGACGGCCGGUCUGGGCGGCCUGAAGCACAACACGGUGAUGAUGGCCUGGCCGCACAAGUGGCGCCACUCGACCUCGCGCGACAAGCACAACCGCUUCCUCUCGGUGGUGCGCUCCUGUACGGCGGCCAAUGCCGCCUUAAUUGUGCCCAAGGGGCUCAAUUUGUGGCCUGAAAACAACGACCGUCUCGGCGGCACUAUCGACAUUUGGUGGAUUGUGCACGACGGCGGACUGUUAAUUCUGCUCGGCUACGUCUUAUCGCAGCACCGAACAUGGCGCUCAUGUAAACUGCGCGUCUUUACCGUUGCUCAGCUGGAGGACAACUCGGUGCAGAUGAAGAAGGACCUGGAGAAGUUUCUCUACCACCUGCGAAUUGAAGCCACCGUGGAGGUCAUCGAGAUGAGUGACACAGACGUGAGCGCGUACACGUACGAGCGGACGGUGCUGAUGGAGCAGCGAACCCAAGUGUUGCAGUCAUUCGGCAACGAACUGUCCGUCAUCAAUGCAGGCGAUUCCAUUAAACCUGACGAGUUAAACGUGCGCCGAAUGCAUACUGCAGUUAAGCUAAACGAGCACAUCAUCAACAAGAGCCACGCGGCGAAGUUGGUCAUUAUCAACAUGCCGGGCAUUCCGCGCAAGAUGACGCCAGGCAGUGAGACUAACUACAUGGAGUUCAUUGAGGUGCUCACCGAAGGCCUGGAGCGCGUCAUUCUAGCUCGCGGCGCCGGCCGUGAAGUGAUCACCAUCUUCUCUUAG